GUAGGACGGUUACAGGAGUCUCAUUAGAUGAUAUAUAGCUCCGAAUGCGGAAAUAGAAAAAACAAGCACGUCCAACGUUAGAGGGGUAAUCGACUAUAGGAAAACCAAUCGCGAACUUUACGGUAGGAUAUCGAAACUAGCAUCGCGUAGAGUAGAUCGGAAAACAUAUUCCUGGACUUUUAUCUUCAAGGCGCCAGCAACCGAGCUUCAAAAUAAAUCAUGACAGACGCACUCUUCUCGCUCAGGGGCGAGACCGCCCUCAUAACCGGCGGCACAAGGGGAAUCGGCCAGUCCGUCGCCAUCGGGCUGGCUGAAGCGGGCGCCGACAUAAUAUUAGCGCAGCGCUCCACAGCCUCAACCGAAACCAAGACCGCCGUCGAGGCGCUCGGCCGCAAAGCGUACGUCUACACCGUGGACCUGGCCAACAUCUCCGACGUCGCCGGCCUCGUGCCCAAGAUCGUCGCCGACGGGCACACGAUACGGAUCCUGGUCAACUGCGCGGGCGUGCAGAUCCGGCACGCGCCCGAGGCGUUCCCGGACAGCGACUACCGCGCGGUCAUGGGCGUGAACGCGGACGCGGUAUUCGCGCUGUGCCGGGACGCGGGCGCGCACAUGCUAAGCCUACCGGUGUCCGAGGUGACCGGCCGCCGCGGCAGCAUCGUCAAUUACGCGAGCCUGCUCUCGUUCCAGGGCGGGCUGAACGUGCCCGCGUACGCGGCGAGCAAGGGCGCCGUCGCGCAGAUGACGAAGGGGUUCGCCAACUCGUGGGCCGGGCGCGGCGUCAAUGUUAAUGCGAUUGCGCCGGGGUAUAUCUCGACGGAUAUGAAUGAGGCGCUUAUCGCGGAUAAGGAGCGCGCGGCGAGCAUCAGCGCGAGGAUACCGGCGGGGAGGUGGGGAGACCCGGAUGAUUUCAAGGGGAGCACGGUGUUUUUGGCUAGUAAGGCGGGAGCGUAUGUUAGUGGGCAUACGCUAGUUGUUGAUGGUGGGUGGAUGGGUAGGUGAAGAUUUAUGUGAAUGGAAUGAAGAGUUAGAGUAUGGAGGAGAGCAUGUGGCUGGUGGAGUGAAUAAGACUUUGUUGCAAUUUUAUACAUAUGUAGACCAGUUCAUCAAUACUAGCAGACAUGUAUGCAUAGACCAUUUUAUUUUCACCGAUGAGUACAAUUUGAGCCGUUGACAUCUUUCAUAACUGGCAUAAACAUAACCCAUUUUGCCAUUUCCGAA